UCCUCCCACUGCAGCCAGCACCAGCCUUCUUAAGCAGGACGGGGCUCACGCCUGCAAUCCCAGGACUUUGGAAGGCCAAGGCGGUCCGUCACCUGAGGUCAGGAAUUUGAGACCAGCCUGGCUAACACGGUGAAACCCUGAAUCUACUAAAAAUACAAUUCGCCAGGAGUGGUGGCGGGUGUCUGUAAUCCCAGCUUCUCGAGAGGCUGAGGGAGAAUUUCUUGAACCUGGGAGACAGAGGUUGCAGUGAGCCCAGAUCGCAUCACUGCGCUACAGCCUGGGCGACAGAGCGAGGCUCCGUCUCAAAAACAACAAAAAAAGCAGGACGUGAGACUUCUACCUGCUGACGCAGAAUCAUUUCUGCACCAACCAUGGCCACCUUUGUGGAGCUCAGUACCAAAGCCAAGAUGCCCAUUGUGGGCCUGGGCACUUGGAAGUCUCCUGUCGGCAAAGUGAAAGAAGCUGUGAAGGCGGCCAUUGACGCAGGAUAUCGCCACAUUGACUGUGCCUAUGUGUAUCAGAAUGAGCAUGAGGUGGGGGAGGCCAUCCAAGAGAAGAUCCAAGAGAAGGCUGUGAAGCGGGAGGACCUCUUCAUUGUCAGCAAGUUGUGGCCCACUUUCUUUGAGAGACCCUUCGUGAGGAAAGCCUGUGAGAAGACCCUCAAAGACCUGAAACUGAGCUAUCUGGAUGUCUAUCUUAUUCACUGGCCACAAGGAUUCAAGUCUGGGGAUGACCUUUUUCCCAAAGAUGAUGAAGGUAAAAUGAUAGGUGGAAAAGCAACGUUCUUGGAUGCCUGGGAGGCCAUGGAGGAGCUGGUGGACGCAGGGCUGGUGAAAGCCCUUGGGAUCUCCAAUUUCAACCACUUCCAGAUCGAGAGGCUCUUAAACAAACCUGGACUGAAAUAUAAACCAGUGACUAACCAGGUUGAGUGCCACCCCUACCUCACACAGGAGAAACUGAUCCAGUACUGCCACUCCAAGGGCAUCACCAUUACAGCCUACAGCCCCCUGGGCUCUCCGGAUAGACCUUGGGCCAAGCCAGAGGACCCUUCUCUGCUGGAGGAUCCCAAGAUUAAGGAGAUUGCUGCAAAGCACAAAAAAACUGCAGCCCAGGUUCUGAUCCGUUUCCAUAUCCAGAGGAAUGUGAUCGUGAUCCCCAAGUCUGUCACACCAGCACGCAUUGUUGAGAACAUUCAGGUCUUUGACUUUAAACUGAGUGAUGAGGAGAUGGCAACCAUACUCAGCUUCAACAGAAACUGGAGGGCCUGUAACAUACAGCACUCCGUUCAUUUGCAGGAACAUCCCUUCCACGCAGAAUAUUGAGGUUGACUCUCCUGGUGACGUUACGUAGGGGAUUCUCUCUCUUCGCUGAAGUGUGACUAUCUCCACUCAAGUUCUAUUUUAGCCAAGCUUAUCUGAGGUCACAGUGAACUUGGUCCUGUUGUAGGACAGAAUCAAGGUGCUGUUUUAGAUUUUUAUUUCUGUAUGUUCAACUAGGAUCAGAAUAUCACAGAAAAGCAUGGCUUGAAUGAACAAAUGACAAUUUUUUCCACUUAUCUGAUCUCAACAAAUGUUUGUCAAGCAACAGAAAUUCUGCCAGCACUGAGGGUAUAAAGACAGAUAAUAAAAAAUAAUUAUCAUA